AUGGGUCGUCUUACUCCUGAAGUGAUUGAAGCAGCUCCUCAAUAUCUUAAUCCUGUCGGUCAAUAUGAAUUAAGUUUACGCGAUUUAAAGAUUCCUGUUAUUGAAAAUUUAGGUGCAACAUUAAAUCAAUUCGAUACAAUCGAUUUUACGAAUAAUGAUUUACGUAAACUUGAUGGUUUUCCAUUUUUACCAAAAUUAAAAACACUUUAUCUUGCAAAUAAUCAUAUAGCACGUAUCGCUGACAAUCUACAAGAAUACAUUGCAAAUUUAGAUACAUUAAUGCUUAAUAAUAAUAUGUUGCAAGAAUUAUCGGAUAUUGAUCCACUUGCAACAUUACCAAAAUUGACUCACGUUAGCUUUGCUCGAAAUCCGAUUGCUAUGAAAAAGGAUUAUCGUCUAUAUGUUAUUUAUAUGUUACCUAAUUUACGAACACUUGAUUAUAAUCGAAUUACUCAAAAAGAACGUGAAGCAGCUCGUAAACUCUAUAAAUCUAAAUCUGCUGAGAAAGCGAAGAAAAAACAAAAAGGAGCUAAUACAUUUGUACCUGGUGGAGAAUUAGCUAAACAACAACAACAAGCACCACGAAUGACUAAGAAAGAUGCUGAUGCUAUCAAAAAAGCCAUUUUGGAAGCUAAAUCAAUAGAAGAAGUCGAAAGAUUAAAAGCCAUGUUACAAGCUGGUCAAAUGCCGCAUUCAAUGGAACAAAAGCAACAUCAAAAUGGUCAUAAACCGAAUAGUGAAGCCAUGGAGCAAGAACAAUAUCCUGGAAAUAAUAUCAUGGAAACAUGA